CAUCUAUCCCUCCAUCUAUCAUCCAUCGUCCUACGCCCUUGAUUCCCUGCUGGGCCGUUCUGCCUUGUUUUCUACUCUAUUACUAGCGACUCUAGACUUUUGUUGACCCCGUCCCCAUCAUUGUUUACGUCCUUAUGCCGCCGACAAACGCGUCGCAAUGUGUAAACAUGGACUCUGAAGAGAGAACCGAAACGAUGCACAAUCUCGACAUGAAAUACCGGCAAGCCACCCACGACUGCGAUCUCGUGGUCAAGAACGAAGAAACACGCAGGUUAAAGCUGCGCAGCAUGGUGCUCCGUGACGAGACCUCGGGAGUCAAGGACCAGCUUGCGCAAAGAGACCUACGUGUUAAGGAGCUUGUUGCGCAAAUCGACGAUGUCCGCAGCCAGCUAGACAGUGCCCAGGAGAAAUCCCGCAGGCAGGAUAACCUGAUGCAGUCUCAAGCUCGCGAGAUUACCAACCUAAAGGAGGAACUCUCUGCUUUCAACGCCGUGUCGCAAGACUCAGCCAAGGUCUUGUCCGAGAAGCUUGCCCUCUCCCGGGAAGUCGCCGUCCUCAAGCCCGAAUUAGAACACCUGCGAUCGCAACUCGCGCACCAGAAAGAUGUGCUUGCCGAGAAGCUAGCUCUAGAGCGCCAACUUAGUACGUUGGAAGUCGAGCUUGCUAACGAGAGGCGAGCUGCGGAGAAGGCAGCACAGAGGCAAGACGGCGACAAUGAAGUGGAGGAAGACCUCCGCAACCAAGUGCGCGAGCUGGAGAAAGAGCUGGCCAAGGGAAAGCGUCUCGCUGAGAAGAAUCUGAAAAGCCACGAGAACAAGAACAGUGAAGCUGAGGGCGAGCUGCAAACACUCCGGGAGCAGCUGGCUACGGUGGAGGAGAGCCUUACUGCCGAAAAGCGCAGGGCGGAACAGCUAGCCAAGGCCAAGUCCAACACGACAUCAGAAAUGCAGGAAGAAAUGGAGGAACUUCGACAAGGGUUGGAGGAAGCGCAAAAGGCCCUUGCUGCCGAGAAGCGAGCAGCGCAGCGGCAAGUGAAGAGGGAAGCCGAAUCAGCUUCUGAUGAGGAGCUAACACAGCUCCGGGAGGAGCUUGCCGAGGCUCGGGCGGAAUUGGAGGGGCAGGCCAAGGCGCAGGAGAAGCUUCGAAAGGAAAACGAGCAGGCCCAAGUCGACGCCGAGGAACGGCAGCAAGCUGCGUUUGACAAGGUGGACAGGCUGCGCAGUAAGCUGCGUGACGCACAGGACGAGCUCAAGAAGUGCCGCACCGAGCUGGAGAAGGCACAGAAGGCGCAGGAGCGUGCGGCGAAGGUUUCUACCGUCGCAACUACCACAGUGCCGCUUAAGAGCGCCGGUGCGAAGGCGAACGCGAAGAAGAAGAGGUCAGCGGAUGAGAUGAGUGUGGAUGAUAAAGUCCUCCUCACCCCUGGCAUGGACGACCGGCCGAAGCGUCCUCUUAAGAAGAGGGGCUUCGACCUGUCCAUGGUCGGCGGAAAGUCCGAAUUCUCCAUCACGCCCUUCCUCAACAAGACGCACAAUCCCGAUGGAUCUCCGAAACCCACAGACAACGACACCACGCCAACCGCGGCGGUCCAGUCCCGACGCGCCGAGGAGGCCACUACCGCUGAGCCAACCGCUGAAGAGCCAGCUGCCGAAGAGCCAGCCGCCGAAGAACAAACCCCCGAAGAGCCAGCAGCGGUCGAAUCCUCAGCUACCAAGCCCGCCUCUGCAACAAAACUUGUAGAAAAGCGGCCACGCGGCAGGCCCCGCACAAAGCCCCUCAGCGACUCCUCGCCCUCCAAGAAGAACCUCACAGCCCGGAACCGCAAAGCUCCGCGCGUCGAGUCAACGCUUGACAAGGUUACCGAAGAGGCAGAGGAAGGUGACAGCAGCACCAACCAAGAUCAAGAGAACCGCGCCGCCAACAAUGCCAGCCCAGCAGCCAAACCGACAAGUACCAGCGUUGCUGCCAGCCUCAGCAGCAUCCCGGAGAAAGCGGAGCCCAAGAAGAAGAAGCGCAAGCUGCUCGGGGCAAAUCCCUCAACUCUGUUCGAUGGGGGUGAGGACGAGGGUGAGAAGGUAAAGCCGACUGCUACUGCUGCUGCUACUACGAAGCGGCCACCAAGUGCCAAAGCUGCUGGGGCAAAAGCCAGCGGCAAAGGCCCUAGUGCUGCGAGGUUCGGUGCGGGCGUCAAGAAUGCCUUUGCCGGGGCCUCGUUUUCGCCGCUGAAGAAGGAGAGGAGGGGUGUAGCGGCCAGCUUCUUGGCAUAGUCGUCGUUGUGAACGGGUGAUGUUGGUCUUGUGGUCUUGUGGUCUCAGGCAUUUACUUCUGGUGGGAACUAGGCACGAUUGGGUGGGCAUAUUUCGGCGUUGCGAGUGUGUUGUUGCAUUUGGUGUUCGGGUACUGGUUAGGGGUUGGGCAUAUCGGUGUUUUUGUUUUUUACUGCACAAUCAAUGGGACACUUUUGAUUCUCAUCUUCUGGCA